CUUUAUACAAGGGCUUUUUGUGGAUACUAAAGAAAAUCGGUUUUCGACAGAAAUGCGAUCCAAAAGAACUGAGCACUCCAACCAGCCCCAGAAGACACAACAAUAUAUCAAUAAGUAUAACUAAUGAAGAGGUUGAUAAUGAAGUCCAGCAAGAAGAGACGCUGGUUGACAAUGAAUACAACUUAUUAGAUGCACCCGUGAUCAUAUCUAGACUCAGAAAAGAGUAUCCUGGUUCUGGUGGUAAGCCUCCUCACGUUGCUGUAGAGAGUUUCUCACUAGUCGUUAAUCGAAACGAGUGCUUUGGAUUACUUGGUCCUAAUGGAGCUGGUAAGACCACUCUCAUAUCAGUACUAACUGGUCUCUAUGAACCAUCCUCUGGAUCUGCUAAAGUAGCUGGAUAUGAUCUUGCUACACAAAUAUCUGAUAUUCAUCAUCACCUUGGUGUCUGCCCUCAAUUUGACAUACAGUAUCCUGAACUGACCACUGAAGAACACCUCUUGUUCUAUGCUAGACUAAAAGGAGUUAAAUUAGGCAAAGCCAGCAUUGUAGUUAACAGAGCACUCAGACAAGUUAAUUUGUAUGAUGCACGUCGCAGAAGAUCAAAGCAGUUAUCUGGUGGAAUGAGACGUCGUCUGUCAGUGGCAAUGUCUUGCAUUGGUAACCCGGACAUAUUGAUAUUGGAUGAGCCAACGACUGGACUAGAUCCUGCCUCAAGGAGACAAGUGUGGGAAGUUAUAGAGAGAGUUAAAGAUGGAAGGAGUGUCAUACUGACCACUCAUGCAAUGGAGGAAGCUGAUCAUCUCUGUACUAGAAUUGGUAUUAUGACUUAUGGUCGUUUGAGGUGCUUAGGCUCUCAGACUCGUCUGAAAGCAAAAUU